UCGUGUGAGGCGCAGUUGUACCUGAGCCACUGCCUCGAAGACAUCGUACAGCGUUCCUUUUCUCACUAUUUUGUGAUUGCAAGGGUCAGGCUGCAGAACAGCUUUCGGCAGUGUUUAGUUUGGACUGUUCAUAAAUUUCGUACAUGUAACAAAUGACCGACGAAAUCCUUGUUUUUAAGAAGGAAACUUGGAAUGCUGCCACGCUACACUAGAAUGACUUUGCCACAGACUUUACGCCGAUGAAUAUCAACUAAACCACUCCAAAUUGCAGUCGAUCUGUGCGAAAUGUUUCUGGACGGAAAUUCCUCUCAACCAAAUAUAGAUAAUGACCAGGAAACAAGAGAUCCAUUUCAAACAGACGAGCAGGAAUUCCAAAGCUCUCCAGUCCGUGAAAAUGGAGAAGAAGGUGACUAUAUCCUAGCUCAGACAUAUGACCUGGAACAUUUAAGUGAGACAGUUGAAUAUCAGAUUGCCAGCGAUUAUACAGAGGUAAGAAAAGAAAGCACAGGCUUGCCCAGUUCAUCCAGUAUAGGAAUGAAAAUGCGUUUUGGUUCGUGUCCUGAAGUCGAGGGAAAUAGUAUAGAACCAUCCCUCGGAAGGCUUAGUAGAGAGAGCAUCCCAGAAAGCACAAGCUCAUCUGGCAGCUUGAAUUCACCCAAAUCACCAAAGGACUUGGAGAGAAAAUCAAAGUCUCCGAAGAACAAACCCGUAUCCAAUCGUUCUCGAAGAAACGAAGGUAGAAAAACACGGGAAUCUGUUCCAUCAAGUGGGUAUUACCUAGUCGUCCACCAUGCAAUCGAAGAAUGUCCAAUGUGUUACACUGAGCUGUGCCCUUCAAGAUUCACCUUAAAUGUCAACACUUUCCUCCUUUCUACGAUUUGCACUGGCUGUGAAUUGGUUAUCAACAUAAAGAUCGAUCCUCCUAAUGGCUCUUCAAAUGUUUCUGUCACGAAGAAAGUUUCUAAAACACAGUAAUGUUUGAAGCAAAAGGGAGAACCAGAGGAUUAGAGGAUUCUUUAAAAAAAAUAUGGAAAUUACAACAUUAAUUCUUUUGUGGCAUUUGAUACCCGCUUUGUAAGCAAAACAAGUACAUGCAUUUACACGUUUGUCUGUGCUGGUCCGAUAUACUGAAAAAAAAUGUGAAACUCG